UUUAACAAUGCCGGAAGUUGGAAACAUUACAGUUCUAAACUGCAAUCAUGGCGGUUGAUGUAAAGUCUCGUGCAAAACGUUAUGAGAAACUCGAUUUUCUGGGAGAGGGUCAGUUUGCCACUGUUUACAAGGCCAAGGACAAGACCAAUGAUAAGAUAGUUGCCAUCAAGAAGAUCAAAGUUGGACACAGAACAGAGGCUAAAGAUGGCAUCAACAGGACAGCCCUACGCGAGAUUAAACUCCUGCAGGAGUUAAGUCAUCCCAACAUAAUCGGGCUACUUGAUGCAUUCGGGCACAAAUCCAACAUCAGCUUGGUAUUUGACUACAUGGAGACCGAUCUGGAGGUGAUCAUUAAAGACACCAGCCUGGUACUGACUCCGGCCAACAUCAAAGCCUUUAUAGUGAUGACUCUGCAGGGCCUGGAGUACAUGCAUCACCACUGGGUCCUGCACAGGGAUCUGAAACCCAAUAACCUGCUGCUGGAUGAGAAUGGUGUAUUGAAGCUAGCUGAUUUUGGUUUGGCUAAAGCCUUCGGCAGCCCUAAUAGAGUCUACACCCACCAGGUAGUCACCAGGUGGUACCGUUCUCCAGAGUUGUUGUUUGGUGCCAGGAUGUAUGGGGUGGGUGUCGACAUGUGGGCUGUGGGCUGCAUCCUGGCAGAGCUCCUGUUACGGGUUCCCUUCUUAGCCGGAGACUCAGAUCUGGAUCAGCUGAGUAAAAUCUUUGAAGCCCUGGGAACUCCAACAGAUGAAACCUGGCCUGGGAUGAGUAGCCUGCCGGACUAUGUCUCGUUUAAGUUGUUUCCUGGUACUCCUCUGGAACACAUCUUCAGCGCUGCAGGAGAUGACCUGCUUGAAUUGCUACACGGUCUAUUCACCUUUAACCCCUCCUCACGCCUCACAGCCACGCAGGCUCUCAAAAUGAGAUACUUCAGUAGCCCGCCAGCACCGACCCCCGGGCCCCAGAUUCCCAGGCCCAACUCCUCAGCAGAGGCUCUCAAAGAGAAGGAGAACCUCACCAUUGGAAUAAAGAGGAAACGAGACGGACUGGAGACAAGCAACAUAAAAAAGAAACUGAUAUUGUGAGUCUAAGAGAUGGGAUUUGCUCCAGUGGGGCAUCAUCAGCACCCCUGGUGUUGGACUUCACCUGUGGUCUGGAUACAGUCCAGGCGAUUCAUUGGACUAGGUGGAAGUUGCUGCUAGCCAGGGGUCCCUGGUCAUGGUUUUUUAAAGCCCUGUAUGGUUAAAGUUAGGGUUUUGUGUCGGUCAUCAUAUCCUUAUGUAGAUCUGUGGUUAGGGGUGGGUGCCUUUACCUCUACUGUGGCCCAUCGUGGUCUAAAGGUCAAGACCAAGUGUUGUCUAGAACAGUGGUUCUGGAUAUUUCUCAUUACUACAGUGAUGUCUGAGCUAUUUAAGAGCCUGUUGGAUUAGAAUUAUUUAUGUGACAGAAGAAAACAGCAACACUUGAUUUUUGUAAUGAUUUCUUAGAAUCAAAUUUAUUUUUGUAAUGUUUAUUUCUCAAGUGAUGUAUGACAAUAAAUACUUCUGUCUUGA